AUGGGCGGUCUGUACGGCAACGCCGCCGCGACGGCGCUGGAAGACCUCCCCUCAGAGACGCGCGGAAUGAUGUCCGGCGUCUUACAACAAGACCUGCCCCAACUCCAUCUGCCCAACAGCAACGGACGUCACGAGGCUAACCUUGUUGCCGAUCAGUACGCCUUCGGAUACCUUUUGGCUGCGGCCUUUGCCCGAGGGCUGGUCAACACCACCCCACACGGCUGGCGGCCCCUCUUCUGGUUCGGCGCCUGCCCGCCGGUCCUGUUCAUCAUCUUCCGUCUCAUGCUGCCCGAGACGGACACAUUCCUCGAGCACAAGCGUCUCCGCGAGGCGGCUGGCAGGCACACCGCGGAGUCUGAGACAGAAAAGUCUAAUGUCACCUCGACGUUCAUCAAGGAAGGAAAGGUCGCGCUGAAGCGGCACUGGCUGCUGCUGACCUACCUUGUCCUCCUCAUGGCCGGGUUCAACUUCAUGUCGCACGGGAGCCAGGACUUGUACCCCACGAUGCUUACGAACCAGUUCAACUUCAACGCCGACCAGGUCACUGUCACACAGGUAGUCGCCAACCUUGGCGCGAUGCUGGGCGGCACGACCGUCGGGUACUGCAGUCAGAUCUUUGGUAGAAGGUUCAGCAUCGUCGUCUGCUGCAUUGUUGGUGGCGCGCUGCUGUACCCGUACACUUUUGUCACGACGGAGGCCGUUAUGGCGGCGGCGUUUUUCGAGCAAUUUUGCGUGCAGGGCGCGUGGGGUGUGAUUCCCAUCCACUUGAUGGAGCUCAGUCCCGGGGCUUUCCGCACCUUUGUGGUCGGCACAUCGUACCAGCUCGGUAACCUCGUGUCGUCGGCGAGUUCCACCAUCGAGGCGCGUCUAGGAGAGAAAUUCCCCCUCCCUAACAAGGGCACCACGAAGCGCUACAACUAUGGCAAGGUUAUUUGCAUCUUCAUGGGAUGCGUGUUCGUGUAUGUCAUUUUGUUGACGUUCAUUGGGCCCGAGCACCUGCGACGCAGUUUCGAUGUCGCUGACGACUCGGAUAUGCGGGAGGUUGCUGGCGUUGAGACGAUGGAAGACGAGCUCCAUGACCGUGAAGUCAGAGCUGGACGGCCGGUGGGUAGCGACGAAGAGACAGGGCACCAGGAGAAGUCGGCUACUCACCGCGAGUGA